AUGACUGCCAUGUACUUUGCCAUUACCGUCAUGUCGACUGUGGGUUUGGGCGAUAUUAACAUGAAUUUGUCCAACGAGAGAGCUUUGCUCUGCGUCAUCAUGGCGACGACUAGCCUCGUUGUGGGUGUGGCGGUGAACGGCGUGGCCACGAUUGUAUCCAAGCUCAGCGAGAGGACGGCUGUGACCAACGAGCAGCUUGCCAAGGUCGCGCGCUUUUUGAGGGUUUACUCUGUCCCGAGUGAUUUGCAGUCACGGGUGCACAACUAUCUCGUGCAGUUCUUUGAGAACCAGGAGCGGGAGGAGACCAAGUCAUUGCUCAUGCGCUGGCUCAAGAGGUCCGAGGUGCUGCGCGUGGAUGUGAAUCUUUCUCUGACGGGGACCUGCCUCGCGAAGCACCACUUGCUUCAAUUGGUUGUUAGCUCAGAAGCUUCACUCGGAAUUGGAGACUCGGAGCAUACCAAGAGAACUUGA